CACAAAGCGGCGGGUGAGGGGAGGCUUCGCAGGCGUGCACUGAGCAGUGAGAUCACUGGCGUUAUAAAUAUCCCAGUGCCAGCGCCGAGAUCCGUUCGGGUGGCCUCUCUCCCCCGCCUCCCUCUCUCUUCCCCGAGGCUAUGUCCACCCGGGGCGGCGAGGGGGGCAGCGCCAGAGGCACGCAGCCGCGCGGGGGCUACGGAGCCCGGAGCCAGCCCUACAAGAUGCACUUCGGACCCCCGCGCCUGGAAGAAUGAGCUUGUCCUUCCUCCUCCUCCUCCUCCUCAGCCACCUGAUCCUCUGCGCCUGGGCUCCCGGGGAGAAGCGCCUCGCCUCCAAAGGGCAACCAGGACCGGCCGCCACGGGUAGGAACGCGGGAGGCGCCAGCAGCCGCCAGAGCAGCAGUAGCGCGACGUCUUCCUCCGCUUCCUCCGCCGCCUCCUCCCCCGCGGCUCCGCCGGGCGGCCCGGGAAGCGGCUCGGAGCAGAGCAGCUUUCAGUGGAGCCCCUCGGGGCGCCGGACCGGCAGCCUGUACUGCAGAGUGGGCAUCGGUUUCCAUCUGCAGAUCUACCCGGAUGGCAAAGUCAAUGGCUCCCACGAAGCCAAUAUGUUAAGUAUUUUGGAAAUAUUUGCUGUGUCUCAGGGGAUUGUAGGAAUACGAGGAGUUUUCAGCAACAAAUUUUUAGCGAUGUCAAAAAAAGGAAAACUCCAUGCAAGUGCCAGAUUUACAGACGACUGCAAGUUCAGGGAACGAUUUCAAGAAAACAGCUAUAAUACCUAUGCCUCGGCAAUACACAGGACUGAAAAAACCGGGCGCGAGUGGUACGUGGCCCUGAACAAGCGGGGGAAGGCCAAGCGGGGCUGCAGCCCCCGGGUGAAACCCCAGCACGUCUCUACCCACUUUCUGCCCAGAUUCAGGCAGUCGGAGCAGCCCGAACUUUCCUUCACAGUCACUGUUCCUGAAAAGAAAAAGCCACCCAGCGCCGCCGUCAAGCCAAAGGGUCCCCUCGCCGCCCCGCGGAGAAGCCCCAACACGGUCAAGUACAGACUCAAGUUCCGCUUCGGCUAAGAGUCACCUGGGCCUCGGGAGAGCCACGCCUUCCCCGCAGGAGCCCCCGGAGGGUCGUCCGUGCUGGGAGCCUUAGUCUGGGGCGCAGCUUCGGCUCCGCGACACUGGACUGAAGUCAGGUCGUUUGUUUCAGCUUGACUGGAACAAACACGUUUUCGAUGGGAACCGGACUGGAAUCGUUUGGACCUACGUAGGGAGUGCGCUGCUUCCGACGUGAAUGAAGCCUUUUGCUUUAGGCUCUGUGCACACCGACCGGGACUUGGUUUCCAGAAAGUUGAAUGGUGGGGGCUGUGUAUUUUUCUGACGUUUACAGAUCACUCGGGAAACAAAAACAAAAACAAAAACCCAUCCAUGAUACAUUUUUAUUUUUGGUUUCCAAAGGAUAUUUUGAUGCAGAUAAAAAUAUUUUAUUAACCUUCGUUUUUGUUUUUUAAGUACCUCUGCAUUGAGCAUAUUUUCUUACUUUUACUAUUUUUAAUUAAUAAGACAUAAAACCAUUUAAAUGCAGCUUAUGAAUUAUAAAUGUGUUUAUAGCCCAUUUGUAACGUGGAUUUCUUUUUCAUUUUUCUUAUUCAUUGCACUUUUAAUUUUUAUUAUGUUUUUUUUUUUAACCAUACCUCAGAUUAUAUAAGUUUAGUCCUACAUCUUAAAAUGUUUAAAUUCUCUGGAACAGCACCAAAGGCUCCACUUGGGGUGUGUGUGUGUGUGUGUGUGUGUGUAAAUUCAUGAUAUUAUAUGGAAUCCUAUUUCUUUAGUGGCUGGGCUAUAACGGGUUAGAAGUAAGGAGAAAAUACAAGGGUUUCUGGUGGAAGUAAAAGCUGGAGACAAGGAAAAGGACAGCGGUCCAAGGAGACCGAGGGCGCGGCAACCCUGGCAUGGAAUCCUGUGCGGGCUUCUGGUCUCUUCUUGUGCCCCCUCCCCCCCCUUCUGUAACAGCUGGAUGAAUACAUACAUAUUCUUCUGUCCGUCAGGCAUCCGCUCUGAAACCACAGUGCUUCAAAUACCUCUUCCAUGACCCUGGGCCAAACCGACUGCGAAGAUCCACAGGGAGCGACCCACUUCGUGCAAAACACAGAAAACCGGAGGAGACCGAGCGGGCAACGUCGCCCAUGUCGCGGCCACUGUCCAGAACAUGCCUAUUACGCAGGCAAACGCUCUGAGCGUUUCCUGCCCUGAAGGCAGCCAUCCCAGGGACUAGACCUGCCUUUUUAGGAAGGAGAUUUCUGAUGCAUCAUUUUAAAAAGUUGGCCGUGCGACGUGGGCAGCUUAAUUUGGGAAUUUGAUGAGCUGAAAAUGGCACUUAAUUGUCAAUCCAAACAUUGAAUAUUGGGCGUAAGUUAUAGAAAAUUUAGCUUAAGGAACUCACAAUGUAUUUUCUUGGCUAAUCAUUUUUAUGGAGUUCUAUGAAAUAUAUGUUUAUCUUCAGAAAUGCGGCAAUAAAAACAGGAAAGCUAA